AAACUUAACAACGGCUACCAAAUCUAGGGUUUAACGGAAAACCCCUUAAACCCUUCACACAUAUCCUCUCUUGGCAUCGCUGAGCUCGAGCUUCAAUUCGAUUCCGAUGGCGGCCUUCAAUCACGUCAAGAACAUGUACGAUGUCUCCUUGAAGCCCCGCCUCCUUCGAACGCUUAUCAAAGAGCAUUUGCCCGACGAGGCACAUCCGUUUCGGAACCCUGCUGGGCUCUCCACCGUCGUUUCGAUGAUAAAGACGCAAGGCCUCCUCUCCGAGUCCUCCUUCGGUGAAUCUACGAAUCAAAGGCAAAUCGAGAACUGGAAAUCCGCGGUCGAUUCAUGGGUCGAGCGCUUGGAUUUGCUCGUCUCUCACGCUAUGCCAGAUAAAUGCUGGGCAGGAAUCUGCUUACUGGGUGUGACUUGUCAAGAAUGCAGUUCUGAUCGUUUCUUGGCAUCAUAUGAUGGUUGGUUCCACAAGCUUCUACCAUUUAUUCAGUCACCAGCAGAUUCUCAUUUUGUGAAGGUGGCUUCUUGUGCCUCGCUGUCAGAUAUGUUCACAAGAUUGGGUGGAUUUCCAAGUCAAAAGAAGGAUGGGACUUCCCAUGUUGUGAAACUCAUUCAACCAGUUUUGAAGCUGCUAAAUUAUGAUAGCUCAGAGGCUAUAUGGGAAGGAGCAGUUCAGUUAAUAUGCACUGCUAUAACUUACUUUCCAUCUUCCAUACAUCGUCAUUAUGAGAGUGCAAGUCAUUAUGACAGUACGGAAGCUGCAAUUGCUUCAAAACUUUUGUCAGGAAAAUGCAGUGCUGAUAUGCUGAAGAAGCUUGCUCAUUGCCUAGCAUUAUUGCCAAAAUCAAGAGGAGAUGAAGAUAGCUGGUCCUUAAUGAUGCAGAAGAUCUUAUUAUUGAUUAAUGCCCAUCUGAAUGAUACCUUCCAAGGUCUAGAAGAAGAAACUACACGUAAUGAAGCUGGGAGAUUAUUGGUUCCACCAGGAAAAGAACCCCCACCCCCCUUAGGGGGUCAUACGUCGCCAGGAGAAGUCUCAGACAAUCCCACAAGGAGGUCUGAGAGAUUAUUAAUCUCCAGUGUCUCUACACUGAUGCUCUGCUGUUGUACAAUGCUCACAAGUUCGUACCCUGUGCAGGUAAAUGUCCCCAUUCAAUCGUUAUUAGUCCUUGUCAAGAGAGUGCUGAUGGUGGAUGGAUCAUUGCCACAUGCCUUAUUGCCCUUCAUGACUUCCAUGCAGCAAGAGCUCAUUUGUUCAGAACUUCCAGUUUUGCACUCAUAUAGUUUAGAGCUGCUCAGUGCUGUCAUAAAGGGUACACGAAGUCAGCUAUUACCACAUGCUGCUUCAAUUGUGCGUCUGAUUACAUCAUAUUUUAAAAGAUGUGCAUUGCCUGAAUUACGCAUAAAGGUCUACUCAAUAACAAGGAUAUUGCUGAUCUCCAUGGGUGUUGGAGUUGCCAUAUAUCUUGCACAGGAAGUAAUCAACAAUGCUUUUGUUGAUUUGCACCAAGUGAGUGGUUGCAAAACUUCUAGUGUUAACUCAAAGGCCUUUUCGGAAGCACUGCCGCAGCCAAGCCAUAGGAAAAGGAAACAUGUAACUACUACUGGAUAUCUUGAGGAGCAGCAUGAUCGUGGUGGUUUGCAAGUUGAAGCCCCAAAAAACCAGUCAAUAUCUCCAAUUUCUGUGAGGGUGGCAGCACUUGAGGCAUUAGAAGCACUUUUCACUGUGGGUGGUGCUUUGAGAUCUGAAUCUUGGCGAUCAAAUGUCGAUCUUCUUUUGAUAAACACAGCAACAAGUUCUCUAGAAGGGAAAUGGGCCAGUGAGGAGAAACAUAGUUUCCAGCCCAAUGAACCUACUUCUAUUUGGGUAGAUUUUCAGCUUGCAGCAUUACGUGCACUUUUGGCAUCUCUUCUUUCCUCAGUUCAUGUCCGCCCCCCAUAUUUAGCCCAGGGUCUUGAACUUUUCCAGAGAGGCAAGCAAGAAACUGGAACAAAACUCGCAGAAUUCUGUGCCCACGCACUUUUAGCCUUGGAGGUGCUUAUACACCCCCGAGCCCUUCCACUUAUGGGUUCUUCCCCUGUCACUUGUAACUCCUUCGAAGGAGUUAACCAUAAAUUUUCUGAAAAUAUGUAUUCCGGUAGCCUGAAGCACAGUGGACCAUUUGCAAGUGGCAUACAGGGGAUAAAAGACAAUAUUCCCGAUUCGGAUGAUGAUGACCUGUAUGACAGCUGGCUGGAGAAUGGCAAAGAAACUGAUGCUUUGGACAGCGUCCCAUGUAAGAGUAUGAGGUAUGAUGAAGAUCCUUCAGAAGCUUUAGGGGUUAGUGGUGAAGAAAACCUUUACGUGGAUAAUUCCUCUGGUGCAACAAUUCCAGAGAAAAGGUGGCAGAAGCUAGCAGCAUCUGGUGUAGAUGGGAUGAGAGGCAACAAUGAUGAAAUUAUGGUUGAGGCAGGCCAAUUCGAAGAAAAUGUAGCACGAGUUGAGGAACCUGUGUCUUCCAAAGAUGCCACUGCUCCUGCUUCAAUUGAGGGUUCUUUGGGCUCAGGGAUAAUACCUGGGAGAUUUGGCUCAGGCAGUGGUGCAUCAGCAGAUCAUGUAGGCAAUGUAUCUGCAUCUAGCAAUGAUAACUUGGUGGCUAAAGGUGAUGGAUUUGCAACCACCGGUAUGAAUUCUUCUACUACAACAAUUUCGGAGGAAAUUGCUGGAGAUGAAUUUAAUAUGGAUGGGGGAGAUCCCUUCCCUGAAAUUUUAGACGUGGAACCAGAUUCUGAUGAAGAACAAUAUUAGGGUUUUGAUGAUGUUUUUAUGAUACGAGUGUAGAGUAAGAGGCGAUGGCUUAUGUCAUGUGCAAGGAUCCAGAUUGUAAGUCAAUCCACAUGUUUUCUUUAUC